AUGGACGUGGUGAGAGGAGUGGGAGAGGAUGUUGGAGGGGUUGAUGUCGAGCUAAUUGAUAUUGACGAGCUUGUAGCAAAGGAGGUUGUCGCAGAGGAGGUUGUCGCAGAGGAGGUUGUCGCAGAGGAGGUUAUCGCAGAGGAGGUUGUCGCAGAGGAGGUUGUCGCAGAGGAGGUUGUCGCAGAGGAGGUUGUAGACGUGGAUGAUGCCGUCGAUGAAGAUGCAGUGCUGGUAACAGAAGAGGAUGGACUUGAGGUGGAGCUGUCCGAGGAUGAAGCGCUAGCGAUCGACGAAGAUGGACUUGGAGUAGAGCUCUCCGAGGUAGUGGUAGAAGAUCUUGCGGAUGAGGAUGAAGUGCUUAUAGUUGAAGAGGAGACGCUUGACGUCGAGCUUUCCAACGUCACUGGCAACGUAGCAGCAGGGAUAGAGUCUGAAGUUGUCAUAGAAUCUCCACUGGAAGUCGGCGAGGUUGCAAUACUAGUGCUUGAAGAAGUAGCACUUAUAGUCGAGCUAUCCGGCACUGAGAAAGUUGCAAUAGAGGCUGUUGUGGAGCUGGUGUCGGAUGUCGAAGUCGUUGUACUGCUGCUGCUCGGCGAAGAAGAAGAAGAAGCACUCGAAAUAGAGCUGUCCGAGAUGGAUAAGGUCGUCACGGAAGACUCUGAGCUUGUAGAUGUCGUGGGUAUUUGGCUAUUAGUCGACGCUUCACUCGCCACUGUCGUAGAGCUGGUCGAAGUUGAAGUAGAACUGGCAGAGCUCAAAUCCAUACUGGCACUGCUAGUUAUGGUCGUCACACCCGAUGAGAUCACCGAAUCGGUCGAGUCUGUAGAAAUAGAGCUUCUCGACGAAGAGAGGCCAGUACUAGUCGAAAGGCCUUCAGCUAUGAGCUUCGCCCCCCAGAUCGCAUUAUUAGUGACCGCACCUCCUAGCACAGAUUUGAGGUAA